CGCGCCGAUCAGUUGUAGCUCUCCACGCGAGCCGAGCACCGGACAUGUAUAAGCUUGCCAUUUUGUUGUCCAGCGCGGUGUUGUCAUACGCAUGGCCCGAAGCGCCCGAGUGCGGUAUCCGCGCUCGGACCGAGGCAGGAUGGGUGUGCGGCACGCGGCGGGUCGGAGACUACGGGCUGCUGUACGCCAGCUUCCGAGGGGUACCGUACGCCAAGCAGCCACUGGGAGAUCUGAGGUUUAAGGAGCUGCAGCCUCCAGAGCCGUGGGAAGGUCUGCUGGACGCGACCAGCGAGGGUCCCGUGUGCCCGCAGCGCGACGUGCUGUACGGCCGGCUGAUGCAGCCGCGGACCAUGAGCGAGGCCUGUAUCCAUGCCAACAUACACGUUCCCUUGGCAGAUUUACCAUGGUACAGAUAUAACCAUGGCAGAUUGGCACGGGGUUUGGUGCCCCCACGCCUAACCACCUUCGACGAGGUCAAUUCGGACUUGAACCCGGGACUGCCGAUUGUCGUCUUCAUCCACGGUGGCGGCUUUGCCUUCGGCUCCGGAGAUUCAGACGUGUACGGCCCGGAGUAUCUCGUCAGCAAGCGAGUUAUUGUCAUCACUUUCAACUACAGACUGAACGUCCUCGGAUUCCUGUCGCUCAACUCCAGCAGCAUCCCCGGCAACAGCGGCUUACGUGACAUGGUGACACUCCUGCGAUGGGUUCGGAGGAACGCGAGGGGUUUCGGCGGAGACCCCUAUGACGUCACGCUGGCGGGACAGAGCGCCGGGGCCAGCAGUGCCCACCUGCUGUCACUGUCGCCCGCUGCUGAGGGACUGUUCAAGAGGGUAUGGAUAAUGAGUGGAGUAGGCCUGCCAAUAUUCUUCUCCAGCGCGCCAACAUUCGCCCAGUUCGCGGCGACGACCUUCCUCAGCGCCAUGAAGAUAAACUCCACGGACCCCGAGGCUAUCCACCAGCAGCUCAUUGACGCGCCCAUCGAGCAGAUCAUGGAAGUCAAUGGGUUCAUGUUGGAGAAGUUCGGUCUGACCACAUUUACGCCUGUGGUGGAGUCACCUCACCCAGGUGUGACCACAAUCAUAGACGCAGACCCAACAGUUCUCGUAACAAAAGGCCGAGGUAAAAACAUCCCAAUGGUGGUGGGUUUCACCAACGUCGAGUGUGAAACCUUCAGACAGCGGUUCGAGAAGGUGGACAUCAUAACUCGGAUCAAAGAGAACUCAAUCCUAGUAGUCUCCCCACACUUGAUUUACACCACGCCACUGACAGUGUUGCCAGGAUUAGCGGGCGAAAUACAGGCUAGAUACUUCAACGGGACUGUCAACUUGGACAAAUUUGUUAGGUUAUGUACUGAUCAGUACUUCAAAUACCCAGCUUUGAAAUUAGCAAGUUUGAGGCGAAAAACCGGCGGCGCUCCGUUAUACCUUUACGAAUUCUCAUAUGAUGAUGACCAAAGCGUUCUCAAAGAGGGCUGGGGUAUCAGCUACACGGGCGCAGCGCAUAUAGAAGACAUGACUUAUGUGAUGAGAACAAACUCUAUUGUUGGAAAUGAAUCAUUGUACUCCGCUCUCAAAAAGGAAGACAGAAGAACGAAGAUGAAGGAUUGGAUGACAACGUUGUUCACGAACUUUGUGCAAACAAGCAACCCCAACCGCAAUGAAGACGAAACCACAGGCUAUUGGUUGUCUGUGAAUAGUUAUCAGCUCUUGUACACUGAGAUCGCGGGACCAGACGCCAGUUACAGCACGAGCCUGACGCAGGAACUUCUGGACAUCAAGAUGUUCUUCGACAGCAUCUUCCAGAGGGUCACCGGCUAGAGAAGAAUAGUAGUAAGGAUAGUUAUUGAAGAAUUGAUACUGUCAUGAGACUUGUACUUCUUGGAAGAAAAAACGAUAUGCGAGACGUGUGAAGUGUCUUUUAUAAAUUACGCAGUAUGAUGUAUAUGAAACAAUGUUUAGGUAGAAAUGAAACUUUCAAAUGAGUAAGGUAGUGUUCUUAUGAUAUGAAACGUACGACGGUUACGAGAACUUAUUUAUAAAAGCUGUAGGAUAGGUUGCUUGGUAAUGUAAAUAUGAUUUUAUCUAGAUGACUUCCUAGUGUUACUUUAUAAAAAUCUUACUGUGUUAGGUUUAAGAUUUUAACAAAAACUACCCAUAGUCUUUUGCAUAGAGUUACAUUGUCUUAGAUUCUUCCAAACGUUUUUCUAAGCAGAUCAGCUCCCUACAUAUCAUGAUCUGUAAUUAAAUUUAAGGUAAUAUUGAUAACAGAUGUUCUAACGUCAGUCACAUUUUCCUUUAUAAUAACACCAUCAAGUUAAUAAUCAAAUUUAUUGGUAUCUUUAUGCUGAUGGUACACCGCUCGAGUUUUAACUGUCACGUUUUCAUUACAUAAUUGGGUUUGCUGUAAGCGUAUUAACAAGUUUAUAACAUUGUUGGGCGGUAUGUUCGUUAAUUCACUAAUACAUUAAUGGAGCUCCUAGCUUAAUUUGAUGACUGUACUUAUUAGUUGCGUCGGGUGGUGGUGUACAAAUUGUUCUUAAAGAAGGAUGCAAAAUUGUAGGUACAUUGAUUGCAAUACCCCAAAAAUUUUAUUCUGAUUAUUCCAGCCAAAAUAUCAAUUAAGCACACAAUGUAAUGCCAAAUGUUUCAUGUAUUUUACAUACAUAACAUAAUAUCCUUAAAGUAAAUGUCUUUAAGUUCCAUGUUUGCCAGCAAAACAAAAAAAGUUAUAAUUCAAAUCGAUUUUGAUAAAAUACCAGUGAUCUCGUUUCUGUUUUUGAUAUACAUAUAUAUUUUUUUACUCGAUUUAAGGACUAAGCUUUAUAUUAGUAUUUAAUUGUAUUUUAACGAGGUUUUUUUUAAUCUCUAGUGGUGAUGUACAGUGACGAUCGGACAAGUCAGUGUUUAAGAAAUCUGAAGGCUCAACAAGUGUUUUGUGAUCAGUUUGUAUUAUUGUAUAGUUGAUGCGUAGUUUAUCUUGUUAUUUUUUAUUACUACAGUAACUGCGUUAUAGCUAUAGAUAGAUAUAAAUAAUGUUAAAUAUAUAUGCUUAUUUAAGAAGGUUGUAACUAAUUAAGUUUAAUAGAACAGGAAGUAAGUGCAUUAAAGAAAGUUGUAAUUAUAUUAUUACCUGUAAAGUCUGACAACUUCAGUUUUGACAAAACAAAACUUUAUUUGGUUUGUUAUGUCAAAACUGAAGUUUGUAAAAAUGAAAUUAAAAAGAAAAAUGCGGUAUAUAUUUGUAUUUGGGCCACUGUACCGCGGGUCGGUAGCGUGCAAUUUUAACCUGCUUACAAACCCUAUAUGACAAUAGAUAUAAUAUAGAAAUAUAAAGCAGGUUCAACAACUUUUUGUAUAAAUAAUGUAUACCGUGUAAUUGAGGAUGCGUGAUGAUACCGUGACUUAGAACGGACUGAAUAAAAUAUUUAGGAGAUGUGGUA